AUGUUCCUCGUCGGUGAAUCUGUGGGAAUUUCAAAUCCACAAGCGAAAACUCAUUUGAAGUCACAUUGGAGAGACGGAAGAAUGAAUUCAAUCAAUGACCGAAAAUUGGGCUUGCACUUCUGCCGUAUCUCAGAAAAUGCGUCAUCGAUGAUGUCUUCGGUGCUUUGUGAUCUCUUUUUGGCGCUACAUGGAGCGAGGAGAGAUGCGGGAAACGAAAAGAGUGUCAAAACGAGCAAUCACAGCCUAAAGAAUUCGAUUUUCUUUCUAUUCAUCGGAUUUCUGGCUGGCGUUUGCGUGACUUUAGGAGUCAAUACAUUAGUUAAAACCCCACGUGAUCAAGGGGCUCUCUCGCGCGCUCGUCGUGAGCUCGAAUCCAGAACCGAUCUCACCGAUCCCAAAAUCUCGCCUCCUUUGGAUCUUUGCCGAAAACAGUUGUUUACCCUGAAAAACAAAUUGGCUGUGAGCGAAAUGAACGCGGCCACUCUUCGCGUAGAACUCACGCGGAAACAAGAGCGAAUCGAUGUGAUCACCGUCGAAAUUAAUGAAAAUCGCAAAACUUUCGAGAGUUCACUGAAAACCGAAAUUGAUCGAGCCGAGCUGAUCAUCGCUAAAUGGGUUGAAGAAAAGGAUGAAAGAUUAAAGCUCGAAUUCAAAUUUGGUGAAUGUGAGGAAAAUUUGAAAUUUUCCAAUGAGUCGAGUGCUCAAUGCCCAAAGCAAUGGAUUUACAAUAAAGAGACCGAGGCUUGCUACUUUCUCCAGAAUUUCACGCACUCCGACGGGAUCAAAUUCCACACAUAUGCUCGGGAUUUGGCCGAGCAUUUCUGCCAGAAUCACAACGCACAUUUGGCUUCGAUUCACUCAAAAAACGAGGAAGAUUUUAUAAGAGAGCUUAUUUCCUCAAAUCUCAAGAACUCAACUGAGUUGAAGAAUGAGGAUGAGAGAAAUGAGAUUUGCGAGUACGCCCCAGUUUGGAUCGGUUUAACGGGAAAUGGGCACUUGGGUGAUAAUCGAAACGAAUGGAUCGAUGGAAGUUCUUUUGACUAUUCGUCGGCUCGAACUGCCGAUGGAAUCUAUCUUUGGGAUAUCGCAAACGACGAGGGCUGCGGUUCAACAUUAUGGAAUUGGCGGAACCCAUCAAAAGUGCAUGCCCGAUUCCUAUGCAAACAACCAUCAACGAGUGAACGACAACUACAAGCGGCUGACUCGAAAAAUAAAGGAGACGAUGUAAUUGUCCCCAUUGAA